AUGCUUGUCCUCAUCGCUGGUAUCACCGGGUUUGUUGGUAUCCCAUGUGCCAGGUCCGCAUUUGCCCGUGGCCACAAAGUUCGGGGCCUGGCUCGCAAUAUCAACAACGUCCCGGAAGAUGUUCGGAACCAGCUUGAAGGCUUCGAGACCUUGUCGAGCCCUUAUGACAUCGCUGCCAUGGACCGGGCCACGAAAGGUGUUGAUGCCAUUAUCUGUUCCUUUGCUGCCAUUCCUGAAAUGUUCAUGGAAUCGCAAUUGUUGCUCCUCAGGGCAGCCGAGCGAGCUGGAGUGAAGAUCUUCCAUGCGACCUCAUGGAACUACGACUGGACGCUUUCUCCUGGUUCACACGAGCUUUACGAUGACAUGCGUGGCUUCGCCCACCAUGUGGCGGUCAGCUCGACCAUCAAGCCUAUCUAUAUGUUUACCGGUGCAAUCGCGGAGUACUACUUCAAGCGAAGCCCAUAUGACUGGGAUCCGGACACCAAGACAUUCAACUUCCACGGGCCUUCUACAUUCCCCACUCGAUAUACCACCGCGGAAGACAUCGGCAACUAUGUGCUUGAGGCUAUCACGGCCCCAGAUGCGGCUGAUGGAGGCUUUAUCCGUGUCCAGAGCUUCGAAGCCUCCCCCGAAGACAUCGUCAAAGCAUACAAUACUGCGAGAGAAGGUCGCACCACUGCCAAGCUUAACUGCUUAGGCUCAGUGGAGGACGCAGAGAAUAAGCUGAAUGAGGGAAGAACUAAAAAUGGGAAGAGCGGUUGGUAUAACUUCAUUCGGUAUAUCUAUCAAUAUCAUAUCCCGGCCCGGUCUUGGGAUUAUGAGCCGGUGGAUGUUGCGCGCUUCCCCAACGUCAAGCAGACUAGCUUGGAGGAAUUCUUCCGGCACAACCCUGACGUAUAG